GUCAAAUGCAAUGCAUACAAAAACACAUAUACUACAUUCAAAGAGUGGAAUGACGCAACAGAAAAAAUCAAAGAUUCCAAGGUCUAGUUUAUUGCCCUACUCCAAUGUGAUGAUCUUGGCUUUUCUCUUCAUCUCCUUCCUCAAUUUGCCAAAAAAGCAAAGCUUCUUUUCCACCAUCUUCAAUCUUCACCACUAUAUAGCGUUCUUUCUAUCUAAUUAACCUUCCAUUAUUGCAUGUGAUUGAAAUCUCCGUGUAUCUUCCACUCUAGAAAACCAAUCAAUCAUCAAAAAACCCUACACAUAAAUUUAUAUAAACUCUCAAUCGACCAAUUUAUAUCAAAGAAUCAAAGGGGCCAAAUGUCCAUGGCUAAACAUAAAAAACCAUCAUCCCAAACAACAAAAGAAACAAAAGAUGAUCACAAGGGGCUAGUCUUUGAUGCUUCUUUUCAUCAAAACCAAACCAACAUACCUCAAGAGUUCAUCUGGCCUGAUCAUGAAAGGCCUUGUCCUGAUCCUCCACCAUUGCUUCAUGUUCCUUGUAUAGAUUUAAACAGCUUUCUAUCCGGCGAUCCGCAAUCAGUAUCCAAGGCAACUGAUUUGGUGAAACAAGCUUGUCUUGAUCAUGGUUUCUUUCUUGUGGUUAAUCAUGGCAUUGAUUCCAGCCUCCUAAAACUUGCCCAUGAGACCAUGGAUUUUUUCUUUGGAAUGUCAUUGGAAGAAAAGCUAAGGAUUGGGAGAAAUGUUGGUGAACAUUGUGGCUAUGCUAGUAGCUUCACUAACAGAUUCUCUUCCAAACUUCCAUGGAAAGAAACUCUCUCUUUCAGAUAUUGCGCCGAGUCCUCCAACAUUGUUCAAAGCUACUUCUUGAAUGCAUUGGGUGAAGAAUUCAACAAAUUCGGGAAGGUGUAUCAAGACUAUUGUGAAGCCAUGAGUAAUCUAUCCCUGAAAGUUAUGGAGCUUUUGGGGACUAGCCUUGGUGUUGGACCAAAACAUUUCCGGGAAUUCUAUGAAGGGAAUGACUCAAUAAUGAGAUUGAACUAUUAUCCUCCAUGCCAGAAACCCGAUUUAACUCUCGGAACGGGUCCUCAUUGUGACCCGACAUCUUUAACCAUCCUUCAUCAGGAUGAUGUUCAGGGACUUGAAGUGUUUGUUAAUGAGAAAUGGCACGCCGUCCCACCAAAUCCAGAUGCUUUUGUUGUCAAUAUUGGUGACACCUUCAUGGUAAGCUCUUAAUUUCAAGGUCUUUCCAGCUUCAUAAUUUGUUCGAUUUUAUAUGUGGGACGUACAUAUCUAGACUUAUAGUAAGACAUAUUUAAUCUACUAGUAUUUCAUGAGAAAAAAAAAAAAAAAGAAGCAAAAGUUUGACCUCUAUCAUCACGGUGAAAUUUUAAAAAGAAGCAAGGAUGUGGUAUAAUUACCAUCACCAAGAGAUGAAGACAGAUUAAUAAUAUAUCUUGCAUAAUUAUAGUCAAACCCAAACUCGAAAAAGAAAAAAAGAUGUAUAAUGCAUAUGAAUUUUAUGUUCUUAUUUGUAAUAAUAUCAAGAAUUUCUUCAUAGGAGACCAUACACAAAGACUCCAAUAGAUAUCGUUUUAGUAGUUUAGGUAAGUCUUUAUACUUAUUAUAAUCACACUAUUUUAAUUAUUUUCUAAACGAUAUGGAUUCGGGGCAGAAAACUUCAACAAGUGGCAACCUUUUUUUUUUUUAAAAAAAGAAAAGAACAUAAAUCAGAUUGCGUAUUUGAUUCUCAUCAUAUCAUAAGAACAAAGCCACAAAAUGUAUUGAUAUUACAGGUUCAAAAAUUUAUAAAAAAGCUUAAGCAUUGAAUUCAAAUCAUAGGUACGUAACUGAAUUCGUAACCAUGCAUGCAAGAGAAUUAAUAUGUGAAUUUGAUUCUUUUUUUGGCUUGGGUUUUGAUUGAUGGGGUUAACAAACUUUGUGAGGAGUUGUUCAAUCUCAGGCACUUUCCAAUGGAAUCUACAAAAGUUGUCUGCACAGGGCAACAGUGAACUCUAGAAAACCAAGGAAGUCUCUGGCUUUCUUUCUGUGUCCAAAAACUGAUAAAAUCGUGAGCCCUCCAAAGGAACUCAUCACUUUUGACAAUCCCAGGCUGUUCCCAGAUUUUACUUGGCUAAAUCUCCUGGAAUUCACUCAGAAGCAUUAUAGGGCUGACAUGAAAACCCUAGAUGCUUUCGUCACCUGGCUCAGCCUCAGACAUCAACAAGGACAAUGUUGAAAAAUAGUUUGAAGUUUAUAUUUUCUUAUUGUUCGAUUGCUCCGUUUAUGUAGAUUUAUUUGUGUACGAUAUUCAAUGUUGAAAAUGACCUAUCUGACUCAGUAUUCGAGUUAGAUGGUAUAUCACAUUGAUUUUAGCAACUGUGUGUAUAAAUGUACAAAUUUUAUUAGAGAAUUCGCAACAAGGAUAUAGC